CGCCGACAGACCGAGGGGGGCGCGCUGCCCUCAGCCUUCAGCAGGCAGCGCUGACUGAACCAGCAGAGCUUUGUGCCGAAAACUAACGCCAACCUGAACCAGACUAAUGAAUUAAAACGGCCCAGAGGCCAGUAGAAGACCGUCAACACCGACAAGCAUGGAGUUCGCGCAGCCGCAGAAGCCUGUGGGCGACGGGAAGGUUGUGUAUCCUCCCGGAGUAAAAGAGAUCACCGACAAGAUCACCAACGAUGAGGUUGUCAAACGGUUAAAGAUGGUGGUGAAGACCUACAUGGACAUGGAUCAAGAUUCUGAAGAGGAGAAGCAGCAGUAUCUUGGCCUGGCUCUUCAUCUUGCCUCAGAGUUCUUCUUAAAGAACCCCAAUAAGGAUGUACGGCUACUGGUGGCCUGCUGUUUAGCUGAUAUCUUCAGGAUCUAUGCUCCUGAGGCUCCCUACACCUCCCAUGACAAACUCAAGGAUAUCUUCCUGUUUAUCACAAGACAGCUAAAGGGACUCGAAGACACCAAGAGCCCCCAGUUCAACAGAUAUUUCUACCUGCUGGAGAACCUCGCAUGGGUGAAGUCGUACAAUAUCUGUUUUGAACUGGAGGACUGCAAUGAGAUAUUCAUUCAGCUCUUCAAAACACUCUUCUCAGUCAUCAAUAACAGCCAUAACCAGAAGGUGCAGAUGCACAUGAUGGAUCUGAUGAGUUCUAUCAUCAUGGAGGGAGAUGGAGUCACACAAGAGUUGCUGGACACGAUCCUCAUUAACCUCAUUCCUGCACAUAAAAAUUUGAACAAACAAGCUUACGAUCUCGGCAAGACUCUGCUGAAAAGGACUGUCCAGACUAUUGAGACAUGCAUUGCAAAUUUCUUCAAUCAGGUUUUAGUGAUGGGAAAGUCAUCAGUCAGUGAUCUGUCAGAGCACGUCUUUGACCUCAUCCAAGAACUGUUCGCCAUCGACCCCAUGCUGCUUACCUCUGUCAUGCCACAGCUGGAGUUCAAGCUUAAGAGCAACGACGGCGAGGAACGUCUGGCAGUUGUACGGUUGCUAGCAAAGUUGUUUGGGGCCAAAGACUCUGAGCUCGCCUCACAGAACCGACCACUGUGGCAGUGCUUCUUAGGACGGUUCAACGACAUCCAUGUACCUGUCAGGCUAGAGUGUGUAAAGUUUGCAAGCCACUGCCUCAUGAACCACCCAGACCUGGCCCGAGACCUGACAGAGUAUUUGAAGGUACGUUCGCAUGAUCCAGAGGAAGCCAUUCGGCAUGACGUCAUUGUCACGAUCAUCAACGCUGGAAAGAAAGACCUCAACUUGGUCAACGACCAGCUGCUGGGCUUCGUACGGGAGAGGACUCUUGACAAGAGGUGGCGCGUGCGGAAGGAGGCCAUGAUGGGCCUUGCUCAGCUCUUCAAGAAGUACUGCCUGCACCACGAAGCCGGCAAGGAGUCAGCCCUGAAGAUCAGCUGGAUCAAAGACAAACUACUGCACAUCUAUUAUCAGAACAGCAUCGAUGACAAGUUAUUAGUUGAGAAGAUUUUUGCCCAAUACAUGGUGCCUCACAGUCUCGAUACAGAGGAGAAGAUGAAAUGCCUGUACUACCUGUAUGCCUGCCUGGACACAAAUGCUGUAAAGGCGCUUAAUGAGAUGUGGAAGUGUCAGAACAUGCUCCGAGGUCUCGUCAAAGAGCUGCUUGAUCUUCAUAAGUUGCCAGCGUCUGAGGCCAAUAGCACGUCAAUGUUCGGGAAGCUUAUGAGUAUUGCCAAGAACCUGCCGGAUGCUGGAAAGGCCCAGGACUUCAUGAAGAAAUUCAACCAGGUUCUUGCUGAGGACGAGAAGCUCAGAAUCCAGCUGGAGAUGCUCAUCAGUCCGACCUGCUCCUGCAAACAGGCCGAGAUCUGUGUGAGAGAAAUCACGCGGAAGUUGACAUUCCCAAAACAGCCAACCAACCCUUUCCUGGAGAUGGUGAAGUUCCUGCUGGAGCGGAUCGCACCUGUUCACAUCGACUCUGAGGCAAUCAGUGCUCUGGUAAAGCUGCUGAACAAAUCCAUUGAGGGCACAGCAGAUGAUGAUGAGGAGGGUGUCACGCCUGAUACAGCCAUCCGCUCUGGACUAGAACUGCUCAAGGUCCUGUCGUUCACACAUCCCACAGCGUUCCACUCAGCGGAGACCUACGAGUCUUUGCUCCAGUGUUUGAAGAUGGAGGAUGACAAAGUGGCGGAGGCAGCAAUCCAGAUCUUCAGAAACACCGGACAGAAGAUCGAGACAGAGUUACAACAGAUAAGAUCGACACUGAUUCCCGUCCUGCAUCAGAAAGCGAAGCGGGGCACACCUCACCAGGCCAAGCAGGCUGUCCACUGUAUUCACGCUAUCUUUAACAACAAGGAGGUGCAGCUGGCACAGAUUUUUGAGCCUUUGUCACGUAGUCUCAACGCAGAUGUUCCAGAGCAGCUCAUCACGCCACUCGUGUCCCUCGGGCACAUAUCCAUGCUGGCUCCAGAUCAGUUUGCCUCGCCGAUGAAAUCAAUCGUGGCCAACUUCAUAGUGAAAGACUUGCUCAUGAAUGAUCGGUCAGUGGGGAAUAAGAACGGGAAGUUGUGGACCACUGAUGAAGAAGUCUCCCCAGAGGUUCUAGCAAAGGUUCAGGCCAUCAAGUUACUGGUGCGUUGGUUACUGGGAAUGAAGAACAACCAGUCCAAAUCAGCAAACUCAACCCUUCGCCUGCUGUCAGCCAUGCUGGUCAGCGAGGGAGACCUCACAGAGCAAAAGAAAAUCAGUAAGUCAGACAUGUCUCGUCUGAGGCUCGCUGCUGGUGCAGCCAUUAUGAAGUUGGCACAAGAACCAUGUUACCAUGACAUCAUCACACCGGAGCAGUUUCAGCUCUGUGGACUCGUAAUCAAUGACGAAUGCUACCAGGUUCGUCAGAUCUUUGCACAGAAGUUGCACUUGGCUCUCGUCAAACUGUUGCUACCUCUGGAGUACCUGGCGGUUUUCGCUCUGUGCGCCAAGGACCCGGUGAAGGAGCGCCGCGCCCACGCCCGACAGUGCCUCCUCAAAAACAUCUCCGUCCGCCGAGAGUACAUCAAACAAAACCCCCUCGCUCAGGAAAAACUGGUCUCUCUCCUUCCUGAGUACGUGGUUCCGUACAUGAUUCACCUGCUGGCCCACGACCCCGACUUCACAAAACCACAUGAAUACGAACAGCUGAAAGACGUCAAAGAGUGCCUGUGGUUCAUGUUAGAAGUGCUGAUGACCAAAAAUGAAAACAACAGUCAUGCCUUUCUCAGGAAGAUGGUUGAGAACAUCAAACAAACAAAGGAUGCUCAGUGUCCUGAAGAUGCAAAGGCCAAUGAGAAAUUGUAUAUCGUCUGUGAUGUUGCUCUCUUCGUCAUCGCCAACAAGAGCACCGCGUGUCACCUGGAAUGUCCGAAAGAGCCUGUCCUUCCCUCCAAGUUCUUUCUCAUACAAGACAAGGCAGAUUUUAAAAAUGACAAGGAGUACCUGACUUCAGAGAUGAGACAAAUGCUGCUCACCGGGAAGCCUAAACCAUCUCCAGUGUUGGGAGCCGUCAACAAACCUUUAACAGUACCAGGACGGAGGAUCUUCACCAAGACCACACCAGCGUCAGAUACAACCAGUAACACCAGCAGCAACUCCUCCCCGCUGAGCUCAGCCAUCAACAAGAACAGUAACAGCAGCACUACCACCGAGUCGCCGGAGAGCCGAGCGCAGGAAAACAACGAGAACCCAGUCAUUCAGAAAGAGGAAGGGAAGGAGGGGAAGAAGGAAGAGCCCAGUCAGAAAGCGACUCCCGAAGCCGGGACGGAAGCGUCGCCCGUCAGACGACGCGGACGACCUCCGAAGAGCGCGGCCGCCCCUGUAGCGGCUGAAAAGGAAGGAGCGGCAGCCUCGGCCGGGGGCGGAGCGGGCCGGGGCAGGAAGAGAGUAGCCGACGCCAACCCGUCAGCAGAGUCCAUCAACAUCAAGAUGUCGAAACAGCAGCAGCAGAAGGACGAAGGGACAAAGAGACAGAUCGACCUACAGAGGUAAAGAGGGGACUUGGUGAAGGUGAAAUCCAGACCCGAGAGAACGGGCCUGAAUCUUCUCCGAACCUUCCCAAUCCUGUGUUCAAAGUCCUCUGACUCUUAAAGCUUUCCUGGAGAUAUUAUGGACCUUUCUUAAAACAAACAUGAAAUGUACACACCCCCACAUACACACACUGACAUCCUAGAAGAUUUUAAACACAUUGUAGUCAUAAAUUGAAGCUCGCUGUAUGUAGGUCUUACUCAAAAACAUAUUUUUUCCCCUUUGUGUUUGUUGCUCUUUGCUUCAUUUGUGGAGCAAUUUUUGAGAAAAAAAAGAAAAAAAAAGACAUUUUACAAACGUUUUAAUCUGAUUAUGAUUGUUGCUUAUUAAAUUCCCGGGGAAACAUCCCAACCCUCCCGACUCUCAGCUUCUUCCUCCCCGUCUCUGUUGCACGAUAUUUAUACGUGAGUUUCACCACUUUUACACUUCAAGCAACUUUUCAAUCAGGAGUUUUCAAAUAUUAAAAAAAGGCGAUCGUUUGCAGCUGAUCAUAAAUCACACAUGUGGGAACAGUGAUACUUGAGCAGAUUAUAUCAGCUUUUUUUGUGUGUUUGGCUCUAGUAUAAAUUCAGGAAAAACCUUUAGUGGUUUAACCACCAGCGGGCAUGUUUCAAGACUUUUAUACCCCCCCCUCAGUGUGUAAAUGGACAAAUUUAAGUUGUCCAAUAUUUUUAAACAGCCCUGUGAUCAGGGGCUUUGAUUUUUUUGUACAAACAGAUGCACAUUAAAUUACAAAUACCGGUA